AUGAUGCGAAACUCCUUCUCCCGGGUCGCGCAAGCACCCAAACCACGAAUCUUGAAUGCAACAAGACGAUUCAACCAUACCCAAACAAUCCUCGGUGUCAAUUACAAUAGACAGAUUGCAACCCUCGAUGCUUUGAAGCAACAAUCGCAAAGACCGUUGACAUUGACCGAGAAACUCCUCUACAGCCAUCUCAUCACAGGCGAGAAGGAAUGGAAUCUGGAGAAGAUCGAGCGUGGCAAGACAAUCCUAGAGCUGAGGCCAGACAGAAUUGCCUGUCACGAUGCGACCGCGACUAUGGCGCUCCUCCAAUUCAUCAGUGCAGGGCUUCCCCGGGUGAUGGCGCCCACGACAGUGCACAGUGAUCAUUUGAUCAUCUCUGAGAAAGGUGCAUCCGAAGACCUAGAGCGUGCAAAGUCUGAGCAUGCGGAGGUAUAUGACUUCCUAAGUAGUGCUUCCAGGAAGUAUGGUAUUGGGUUUUGGAAGCCUGGAUCUGGAAUCAUCCACACCGUGAUCUUCGAGAACUAUGGCGUUCCCGGCGGCUUGAUUAUUGGAACCGACUCGCAUACUCCGAACGCAGGUGGCUUGGGAAUGCUCGGGAUCGGGGUUGGCGGCUCUGAUGCCGUAGACGCCAUGUCUGGAAUGCCAUGGGAGCUAGUUGCCCCGAAGGUCAUCGGUGUCCGCCUUACUGGCCAGCUUAGUGGAUGGACAUCCACCAAAGACAUUAUCUGCAAAUUAGCUGGUAUUCUCUCGGUCUCUGGCGGCAAAGGCUCGGUGAUAGAGUUCUUUGGCCCUGGAACCGAGACCCUUGGCGCAACUGCCAUGGCUACUAUUUGCAACAUGUCAGCAGAGAUCGGCUCAACAUCGUGCAUUUUUCCAUAUUCCGAAGCGAUGGGCCGGUAUCUUGGCGCCACAAACCGUGAAUACGUGUCUGCAGAAGCUCUUAGGGUUCGAGAGACUCUUUUGACAGCCGAUGAGGGCUCGGAUGAUUACUACAACCAAGUCAUCGAAAUCGACCUCAACACUCUCGAGCCACAUAUCAACGGACCAUUUACGCCGGACUUGGCUCAUCCUGUCUCUCAGCUUAAGACCGCCGUUGCUGAGAAAGACUGGCCGACAAAUCUGAGCCAUGCCAUGGUUGGUAGCUGCACAAAUAGCUCUUAUGAAGAUCUUGAUAAGACCAGGCAACUCGUCGCCCAGGCUAAACAGGCAGGAUUAGCGAAAUUCAAGGUUCCUUUCUUGUUGACUCCCGGCAGUGAACAGAUCCGCGCUACUGCAGAAGCAGACGGGAUCCUGGAUGAGCUGCGGGAGGCUGGUGCUGUAGUCCUGAGCAGCUCGUGUGGCCCUUGUGUGGGAUCAUGGGACCGAAAAGAUGUGGAUGUGCAAGGAAAGGAAAAGAACUCGGUCAUUUCAAGCUUCAAUCGCAACUUUAUCGGCCGCCAUGACAGCAACCCUGCCACGCACUCCUUCGUCACAUCGCCGGAGAUGGUCACAGCAUUUGCCUACUCUGGACGCCUGGACUUCAACCCUUUGACCGACAGCGUUCAUUCUGAGACCUCUUCCUUCCGAUUCCAACCACCCACAAAUUGCGAGCUUCCUGUUCAUUUUGAGAGUGGAAAAGACACCUUUCAGGAGCCGCCUUCCGAUGCUUCCGGGCUGUCUGUUGCUGUGGACCCCAAGUCUGAUCGCCUCCAGCUUCUGACGCCCUUCCCUGCCUGGCAGCCAGGAUGUGCCAAUGAAAUGGAGCUUUUGACCAAAGUUGCUGGAAAAUGUACCACCGAUCAUAUUUCCCCAGCCGGGCCGUGGUAUAAGUACCGAGGUCAUCUAGAGAACAUUAGCAACAAUAUGCUCACCACUGCAACCAAUGCAUUCUUGCCCAACACGCCGCAAAACCUCGGCCACACAAGAAACCCUGUGACAAAUCAAAUCCAGGUUGUCCCUGAGGCAGCACGAGAGAUGCAGGGUCUUGGUAUCCGCUGGUGCAUUAUUGGUGAUCACAAUUAUGGCGAAGGCAGCUCACGCGAGCAUGCCGCUCUUGAGCCUCGGUUCCUAGGAGGUGUUGCUGUCAUUGCUCGUUCAUUUGCGCGUAUUCAUGAGACAAAUCUCAAGAAGCAGGGCAUGCUACCCUUGACAUUCAACGACCCGGCGGAUUAUGAUCGGGUUGCGGAGGGGGAUCGCAUUACCCUCGUUGGGGUUGAAGAUGGAGAGUUCCAGCCCGGAAAGCAAGUUGUUAUGAGAGUGCAACCGCGCCAAGGUCCGGCCUGGGAAGCUCAGUUAAAUCACAGCUACCACCCAGGGCAAAUCUCUUGGCUUCGCGCUGGAAGUGCAUUGAAUCAUAUUAAGGCUAGUAUGCAUCAGAAAUGA